CGUGGGCUCCGGGCUCCCGGAAGCGGCGGCCGCGGCGUGGAGCCCAGCGGGCUGUCGGUCGCCGGAGCGACAAUGCACGGCGACCGGGGGCUGUGAGCUGAGCGCGGCGGCGCGGCCGUGGAUGGCGGCUCGCUGAGGCGGUGGCGCGGCGCGGCGCGGCGCGGGCUCCUCCCGGCGUGGGGUGGCGGGGCCGGGGUGAUGCUGCUCAAGCUCCUGCAGAGACAGACCUAUACCUGCCUAUCCCACAGGUAUGGGCUCUACGUCUGCUUCGUGGGCGUCGUGGUCACCAUCGUCUCGGCUUUCCAGUUCGGAGAGGUGGUUCUGGAAUGGAGCCGGGAUCAAUACCAUGUUUUGUUUGAUUCCUACAGAGACAAUAUUGCUGGGAAAUCCUUUCAGAAUCGGCUCUGUCUGCCCAUGCCGAUCGACGUGGUCUACACCUGGGUGAAUGGCACAGACCUUGAACUGCUCAAGGAACUGAAGCAGGUCCGGGAGCAGAUGGAGGAAGAGCAGAAAGCUAUGAGGGAAAUCCUUGGGAAGAACACAACAGAACCAACAAAGAAGAGUGAGAAGCAGUUGGAGUGUCUGCUGACGCACUGCAUCAAGGUGCCCAUGCUUGUUCUGGACCCGCCCUUGCCAGCCAACAGCACCCUGAAAGACCUGCCAGCUCUGUAUCCGUCUUUUCAUGCUGCCAGUGACAUGUUCAAUGUCGCAAAACCAAAAAACCCUUCCACUAAUGUGUCAGUUGUUGUUUUUGACAGUACUAAGGAUGUGGAGGAUGCCCAUGCUGGACUGUUGAAGAGAAGCAGCAAGCAGACAGUCUGGAGAGCCUACUUGACGACAGACAAAGAAGUCCCGGGCUUAGUGCUGAUGCAAGACUUGGCCUUCCUGAGUGGAUUCCCGCCCACGUUCAAGGAGACAAGUCAGCUGAAGACAAAACUGCCAGAAAACCUUUCUUCUAAAAUCAAACUGUUACAGUUAUAUUCGGAGGCCAGUGUCGCUCUUCUAAAAUUGAAUAACCCCAAAGGUUUCCAAGAGCUCAACCAGCAAACCAAGAAGAACAUGACCAUCAAUGGGAAAGAGCUGACCAUCAGCCCUGCGUAUUUGCUGUGGGACCUGAGUGCCAUCAGCCAGUCCAAGCAGGAUGAAGAUGUAUCUGCCAGCCGUUUCGAAGAUAACGAAGAGCUGAGAUAUUCAUUGCGAUCCAUCGAAAGACAUGCGCCAUGGGUUCGGAAUAUUUUCAUCGUCACCAACGGGCAGAUUCCAUCCUGGCUGAACCUUGACAACCCUCGAGUGACAAUAGUAACCCACCAGGACAUCUUCCGAAAUCUGAGCCACCUGCCUACUUUCAGUUCACCUGCUAUUGAAAGUCACAUUCAUCGCAUCGAGGGGCUGUCGCAGAAGUUUAUUUAUCUAAAUGAUGAUGUUAUGUUUGGUAAGGAUGUUUGGCCGGAUGACUUCUACAGCCACUCCAAAGGUCAGAAGGUUUAUUUGACAUGGCCUGUGCCCAAUUGUGCCGAGGGCUGCCCCGGGUCCUGGAUUAAAGACGGCUACUGUGACAAGGCCUGCAACAACUCCGCCUGUGACUGGGAUGGUGGCGACUGCUCUGGUAACAGUGGAGGAAGCCGCUAUGUUGCAGGAGGUGGGGGUACCGGGAAUAUUGGAGUCGGACAGCCCUGGCAGUUUGGUGGAGGAAUAAACAGUGUCUCCUACUGUAACCAAGGAUGUGCGAAUUCCUGGCUCGCCGAUAAGUUCUGCGACCAAGCCUGCAACGUCGUGUCCUGCGGGUUUGAUGCUGGUGACUGUGGACAAGAUCAUUUUCAUGAACUGUAUAAAGUAACACUCCUCCCAAACCAGACUCACUAUGUUAUCCCCAAAGGUGAAUACCUGCCUUAUUUCAGCUUUGCAAAAAUAGCCAGAAGAGGAAUCGAAGGCUCCUACAGUGACAACCCAAUUAUCCGACACGCAUCCAUUGCAAACAAGUGGAAAACCAUCCACCUCCUACUGCACAGCGGGAUGAACACAACCGUGAUCCACUUUAAUCUCACACUCCAAAACGCAAAUGACGAAGAGUUCAAAAUCCAGCUAACCGUGGAGGUGGACACGAGGGAGGUGCCAAAGCAGAACUCUACAACCCAGAAGGCCUAUGAGCAUUUGGGUAGCCCGGUGACACCCUUUCCCCAGGCCGAAAUCCCUUUUGAAGACGUUCCCAAAGGGAAACGCUUCCCCAAGGUCCGGAGACGUGACGGAAACACAACGGGAAGAUUCCAAGAGGAGAUGAGAAUCCCGCCGGUGAACAUCUCACUUCUCCCAAGAGAAGCCCGGGUGAGACUGAGCAACUUGGAUCUGCAACUGGAGCUUGGAGACAUCACCCUGAAAGGAUACAACUUAUCCAAGUCAGCCUUGCUGAGGUCUUUCCUGGGGAGCUCACCAGAUGCUAAAGUAAAACCUCAAGCUAGAAGGACAGAUGAAACAAAAGACAACUUGGAGAUCCCGCAGGAAAAGCCCUCUCACAAAAGCCCAGGUGGCUUUGUUGGUGGUCAGAGAUCGGAGAGAUGGACGUCCCCAGUGGGGACAGUGAAGGCGAAUGGCCGGGACAAUGAUUUGAAUCCACCCCCGGUCUUGGAGACCAAUGCAAGAUUUAAGCCAGAGACUCGGGCGCCACAUGCACUAGGCAUGCGUGUACCCAAAGAAGAGCCCCCGGGGAGAGAAGAGGAAGGAGGCCGAGUGGAGGGCGAUGUUGACAGCCGCAUAGCUGUAAAUGAAGUAAUGCCCGGACGGAGGCUGCAGCACUACACGCACACUUACCCAGGCUUUUUGCCUUGGGAGAAAAAAAAGUACUUCCAAGACCUUCUUGAUGAGGAAGAGUCAUUGAAGAUAGAGUUGGCAUACUUUACUGAUAGCAAACGUACGGGGCGGCGUCUACAAGAUACGUUCGCGGACUCACUCCGAUACGUCAAUAAAAUUCUAAAUAGCAAGUUUGGAUUCACAUCCAGGAAAGUCCCUGCACACAUGCCGCACAUGAUUGACAGAAUCGUUAUGCAAGAACUGCAAGAUAUGUUCCCUGAAGAAUUUGACAAGACGUCAUUUCACAAGGUGCGCCACUCCGAGGACAUGCAGUUUGCCUUCUCGUAUUUUUAUUAUCUCAUGAGUGCAGUCCAGCCCCUGAAUAUUUCUCGAGUCUUUGAUGAAGUAGAUACAGACCAGUCUGGUGUCUUGUCUGAUAGGGAAAUCCGGACACUUGCGACCAGAAUUCACGAUCUGCCUUUGAGCUUGCAGGAUUUGACAGGUUUGGAACACAUGCUAAUAAAUUGCUCAAAAAUGCUUCCUGCUAAUAUCACUCAACUGAACAAUAUUCCACCAACUCAGGAAGCAUACUAUGAUCCCAAUCUGCCACCGGUCACUAAAAGUCUUGUGACCAACUGUAAACCAGUAACCGACAAAAUCCACAAGGCAUAUAAAGACAAGAACAAAUACAGGUUUGAAAUAAUGGGAGAAGAAGAAAUUGCUUUCAAAAUGAUUCGUACCAAUGUUUCUCAUGUGGUUGGCCAGUUGGAUGACAUAAGAAAAAACCCCAGGAAGUUUGUUUGUCUGAAUGACAACAUUGACCACAAUCAUAAAGAUGCCCAGACAGUGAAGGCUGUUCUCAGGGACUUCUAUGAAUCCAUGUUUCCCAUACCUUCCCAGUUUGAGCUGCCAAGAGAGUAUCGGAACCGUUUUCUUCAUAUGCAUGAGCUGCAGGAAUGUGGACAGCAGCAUUGAUUUGGAAGAUCUGGUUGUGUCGUGCAGAAUGGGAGGCACAUGAAAUCAGCAUGGUCUGACCUGAAUGUCAAGCAAGCUUUCAGAACCAACGGAAACUUCAUUUGGUAAAUUAUUUUAGAAAGUGUCUGCUGUAGUUGGAAGGAUGAAGACAAGAGAAGACAAGGAAACAUUGAACUGGAGAUCAUAGACUACACCUCACCAUUUUCAAGCAUACGUACGGUUCAGAGGCAUUUAUAUAUUCAUGGUGUGUUCAGCAUUGCUUGGGUUUGAAGAACUUUUCAUCACUCCAGAAGAGUCCCAGUGCCCUUUGAGCAAUCAUUUUCCCAUCACUUCACCCUCAGCCCCUGGUGACCACUUAAUUUGCUUUCUCACCAUGGAUUUGCCUGUUCUGGAUAUUGUUUAUGUAAGGAUUGUGCCAUGUGACCUUGUGUAACUGAUGUCACUUUAGGGGAAUUGUUUUCUUCAGUGAUAGGGAUCAAACCCAGGGCCUUGUCCAUGUUAGACAAGUGCUUUACAACCAAGAUACACUCUGAGCCCUUGAUUUUUUUUUUUUUUUUUUUUUUUUUUUUUUUUUUAAGGCAGGGUCUCUCUUUAUAUAGCUCAUGCUGGUCUGGAAUUCCCUUUGCAGCCCAAGCUGGUCUGCCCCUUGUGAUCUGAACCUUGGCCCAGCUUCAUGAGUGCUGGGAUGUAAGUACAUGGAGUAAUUUGCUCACACUAAAGCAACUGGCAAAUGGUAGAUCAAGCCUGACUAAGUUGUAUGUAAUAUGUAAUGGCAGCUUUGAGGUGCUCACAUUCUGUCCAUCGUGAUAGGCAUCAGAUAGGAUAUAUUGGUGGUGGCAGUAAGGUUUGUGGUGAUAUUGGUGUACUGGAGAUGGAACCACUGAUUCUUUUGGUGACAUUGGGACUUGAUUUUGUCCUUAUGAAACAUAGCUCUCAUCCCAAGGGGAAUAAAAGCUUAUUCUUGAGCCAAAUGUGAGUGGGCAUGGCCCAGGGAAUGAAUUCGUAUUUCCCAAAUGAUGUUUCUAUGUGGAAAAGGUUUCAUGAAGUCCUUCCCAAACACCGGCUGUCAGAAACUCAUUGAAGUGGAUGAUGAAUACAAGCUUCAUACUUUCUAUGAGAAGUGCAAAGCCACAGAGGUAGCUGCUGAUGCUCUGGGUGAAGAGUGCAAGGGUUAUGUGGUCCAAAUCAGAGGUGGGAUGACAAAAUGACAAGGUUUUCACAUAAAGGUGUCUUGACUCAUGGCCGAGUGUGCUUGCCAUUGAGCAAGGGGUGUUUUUGUUAUAGACCAAGGAGGAUUGGUGGUAGAAGUGCCAGUCUGUUCAGGAUGCACUGUGGAUGCCAAUCUGAGUGUUCUCAGCUUGGUUAUUGCAAAAGGAAGAAAGGAAGAAAGGGAGAGAAGGAUAUUCCUAGACUGAUGGACACCACCGUGCCUCUAGGUUGAGAGCUCACAGGAUCCAAAAGCUUUUCAAUCUCUCUGAAGAAGAUGAUGCCUGCAAAUAUGUUGUCAAAAAGCCCUUAAACAAAGAAGGGAAGAAGCCCAGACCAGAGCACCCAAGAUUCGGGGUCUUGUUACUGCACCUGUUCUACAAUAUAAACGCUGGCAUCACUCUGAAGAAAUAACAUGCUAAGAAAAAUGAGGAGACUGCCUGCCUGCCUCAGCCUCUUGAGUGCAGGAUACGGGCUCAGCUAAUUUUUUUCAGAUUUAUUUAUUUGUUUGUUUGUUUGUUUUUUGGUAUUUCGAGACAGGGUUUCUCCAUGUACUUUUGGUGCCUGUCCUGGAUCUUGCUCUAUAGACCAGGCUGGCCUCGAACUCAAAGAGAUCUGCCUAGCUCUGCCUCCCUAGUUCUGGGAUUAAAGGCAUGCACCACCACCUAUAUGCAUAGGUAAAUUCAAACUGUCCCAUUGUAAUGAAAUCACUACUGCCCAUUUCAUUUCUUAAGUUCAAAAAGAGUUCUGGUACCAUUCCUAAAAGUUCCUCUGAGUGCUUGAAAUCAGGGCCUGGCUUGUCAGCUGCCCUCAAGUCUUUGUGUAGCUGUGAGAGUCAUCAUGACUCUGAAGCAAACAGCUUCAAAUACAAGGAGUCUAUAACCAAAA